CUGAAUGACAUCACUAAGAGGACUACACCUAGUACCUACCUCUUAGUACUGUACUGCAUGCCAUGUGCUAUAGUGCUUGUACAGUGUAAUCCUUUACUAUCUAUGUUGUAAUACAUGGCUAGCAUUGAGCAUUUCAGUCACAAGUUCUCCUGGGAUGGAGGAGGCAAAGAAGUAUUUGUUUGUGGUAGCUUCAAUGGCUGGGAGAAGAUUCCAAUGGCUAAAAGUCGUUCCAAGUUGGGUGUGUUUACCGCCACUGUACCUCUAUCUGAAGGGAGACACGAUUACAAGUUUGUGGUAGAUGAAGAAUGGAUGCUUGAUGUUAAUCAGGAGCGAUCGACUAAUGACAGUGGAGCUCUUAACAAUGUGUGCUGGAUACCUGAAGUGUCUGCAGUGUCUAGUGCAAUGUCUCAAGAUAGUCAUGCCUCUUCCGAGGACAUCCACUUUAUGACCAUUGAUACAGAAGACCCACAGGAAGAGGAUUCAGAAUCAGAUACAGAGAGCACAGCAAGUAGUAUGGACCUCUCUACAAGACAGCCAUGCGUUAAACUGUUAGUGAAGUGUUUCCAGGCACCACAUAUCCUCAAAGAAAACCUUUCGAAGCAACUUCAGUCGUACGGCUUGAGUGACAAUGUCACAAGAAUGCAAUGGAAUACUUCUCGAAACGGUAAAGGCUACUAUACUAUUUGCGUGACCCCUCCCCAAGUAGGGGAAGAUGCCAUCUUGAUGCUCAAUGGAUCUCUAUUGCUUGGAAAGUAUAAAUUGAGUGUUCAGAAGCAAAAUCGCACUCAAAGACGGAAACGAUCUUCUACAAAAGAAGAGCGAACUUCAGAGAAAGAAAAACCACUAUCAAAGAAGAAAAACACAAAAGUUUUUGUUGGAUCUAUGCCGAAGUUUGUGACUGAUAAUCAGCUAAAGGAUCAUUUUUCGUCAUUCAAAGCGAAAAUAGUCAGGGUUGAUAUAAUCAAAGACAAAGAGAGCGGAAAGUCAAAAGGAUUUGGCUUUAUUACUUUCUCAAAUCGAAUCUCGGCUGAGGCAGCUAUCAAAAAAAUGGCUAAAACUCUCCUGCUGAACACGUAUCCAAUUAAAGUAAAUCUAGCCAAAGAAGAUCAGUCACCCGUAGCGAAUAGCCCCAUCAUAGGCCCCCCUCGUCAAGUAGCUCCUGAAGAAGAUAAUUCAGAUACUGAAUCUGUUUGCUCAUUGUCGGGAGAGAAAUGUCAAUUGUUUGUCAACUCUAACCCACCUUUGCCUGAUAAAAUCACUAACAAACAAAUUUCGGAACAUUUUUCAAGUUACAAGGGUCGCUUCUCGUCGGCAAAGGUCAUCAGAGACAAGCAACGAAAGUCGAAAGGCUAUGCAAUUGUCACGUUUACCAAUGCUGAGCUGGCUGAUGAAGCAGCUAGGGUUUACAAUGAUUCUAUGUUGCUUGGUGUUUUCAAAUUGAAUAUACAUUGCAAACAAGGCGAGAAGGCUGCACCUUCUCUGAUGAAAUCAUCUGCAGGAAGACGGCCCAGCAAUAGCGAGGAAUCAACCCCACAUAUUCAUGUGCCAGCCACUCCCUCAUACAACACCAAACAGCAGUUUACUGUGAAGCUUACAUGUCUUCCUCCAAGCCUAACUAACGAACAAUUGGUUGAACGUCUUAGAAUAUUUGGUGAACUGCCUGAACCGCCUAAAAUCUUUGAGUCAAAGAAUCGAUAUGCAUUGGCACAAUACAGCACCCUUAUGGCUGCACAGAAAGCUGUUCAUGGUCUUGAUAAGAAGGUACUAGAUGGUUACACCAUCAAGGUAUCACUGAAGGGAGGUGAAUCCAUCAAGCCCUCUGUACCUCAAGCCCCCACGCCUUCUUUCGCUCUUGGCAGUCAGUGGACAGUCUCAUUAGACCAUGUGGACUCUCUUGUUUCUGCUGAAGAACUAAAAACAAUGGUUGGGGUAUCAGGGGUUAAAGUCGAGCGGCUGAUGUCACCUCCUUCGAGAGUUCUGCUGUAUCUCCCCAGUAAUGAGGAUGCACACAAUGUUGUAAAACGACUGAAUGGAAUGUCUCUUCUCGGUAAAGCUAUCCAGGCCAAUGUAAUCACCUUAGGAAGAACAGUGAAUAAAGAAGUAAAGAUCCCAUUUGAUCAUCAGCACAGUGUGCCUACUCCAGCAGCAAAUACACUAUACCUUCAAGAGAUCAUACCUCCUCAAUUUCAUUCCUCAAUGUCGUUUCCUCCACCAUCAGUGACGGUGCCUACUUCCCUGCAAUCUUCUAGAAUCACACACCCACACCCUCCAGGAUCGGAAUCCAGUCUCACACUCUCCCCAGCUGACUGGAAUCGUCUGAUGAUUGCUGGACCUUCAGGUCGAAUGCUUUAUCAGGAUGUUAUUGAGCCGUACAAGACCAACCCAGGUAUACACAUCAGGGAGGACAUGAUUAGUCGAACUAUAUUCUUCGCUGGACUGCCCGAAGCCAUAGCCAGUGCUUACAGUAGAGUGACUGGCGAGGUGUACCGGGAGCUCACCAUACAGGACAGGCACAAAAAAACCUCUCUGGUUGCUCUCAGACAAGACCUACCCAGCAUUCUCCAGCAGAAGUACGAUGUAAGGCUAACGGGCUAUGAUGAGUCGUCUACUUUCAUUGGACUUGUGGGCGACGACAGAAAUCUCCAAUUUGCUAGGCAGGAACUGGAAUCAGCCCUGGGUGGUAUCAAAACUUUGGAAGUGAAUAUCAGUCUUGCACAACCGCUUCUUAGAUCAGCUAAAGAGAGAUUCUGUAUUGAAAAUCUACAAGUGUGUAUUUUCUCUCAUGAUACAAGACCUAGUGUUGUCCUAUACUCCCUGUCCAAAUCUAGUACUGAGACCGCUAGUGUUGUCCUUAAACAAGGAUUGUUCACUGAGAACAUUACCAAUAUAUCAAGCGAGGUAUGCGAUAAACUCAUCUCAACAUUGAACCCACCAUUCGUGGACAUAGAACAAAAGGAAUCCAAUGUUUUAGUUAAGAGUUAUUUGCAACAGGAAUGUGCAAGUGUAUGUACUGCCCUAAGGGAACGAAUGGAAACAGCUACCUCUCAGAAAAACCCUGUUCAAUGCUCUCCUGAGGAAACUGCAUACCUUAUCUACCUACACAAGACAGACCACAAAGCACGGGAACAAUUGUCCUCUCUUUCUGCAGAGUUUAUUGUAAGAAAAAGCACAGUAUUCCUCAAAGGAAAUCCCCAAGCUAUUCAAACAGCACAGGCACUAAUAAGGGGCGAUUUUCUCUCUCAAGUCUCCACUCGCCGUUUUGUCUAUCAAAACAGAAGAUUUGUAUCGCAAAUUGAAGAUGUAGUUUUGAAGCCUGUGUCAGAUGAAGUGAUAUGGAUAAUACAGGAGCAAAAAGCUCCUGCUCAUAAACAACGGUCACGAUCUGAAGGAGAUGAAACAGAGAUUAGCGUGAUAAUCUGUAGCAAGCAUCACGAGGUGUUUCAGACUGUGUGCUCGUGUUUAGAGCAAGUUGAAAGUUCUCAUAGGAAACUAACUCUACGCAAGGGAGCAGCAAGGUCGAUCAGGCUUAACGAGAUCAAAUCUAAGCUUGAGAUGAGUUAUCGUGUUAGAAUCAUCAACCGUGAUGAUUUUCUGAUGAUCCAUGGUCUCACAAAGAAGGAAGUUUGUGAUUGUGCAGCUGAGAUACUAGACAGAGUUAACAGCCGUCAUGAGAUAACCAAAUUCAUUCCCCUCACCACCCACCAACAGCUCUUUAUAAGACACAAGCAAGACUUCGAAGAACUUAAGGAAGAUUGUAAUGAACUGCGUAUCGUAAGAUCAAAGAGUGAGUCUGAAAUGUUUUCAAUUCUCAUCAGGGGUCCAAUUAAGAGUGUGGAGCCAGUGUACGAAAAAUUGGUAGGAAUCAAAAACGGCAUCACCACUGGUAAGUUCGAAGUUAACUAUGAGAGCAAAUACUACCAUAUGUGGAAAAAACGGUGGGAUCAAAUCAAGAAAGACAAGGAAAGAACUUGUAACAUUGUCAUAGACAUUAGUAAGGAGGCCAGACAACAAUCAAUUCCGAAGGAUGAAGUAACUACAACCACUAUCUAUGUUGUGGGUGAGGAAUCUGAAGUCUUUCAAAUUGGAGAAGAGAUCUCGCAAACAGCCACUAUCACAAAAACUAUUCCGCUCACGCCUAUUGCAGCCAACACCCUCAGAAAAGAUAAAAAAGAAUUUCUGUGGCCAUUAGCCGUGUACUUCUGUAUAAAAUGUCAAUCUACCAUCUUUGAGGCUGAGUUAACUGCUCCUGAGGACUGCAGUGAGGAACUAGACACAGCUGAGGAGGAAAUACAGAAGUUCCUUGGAGAGCGCACCAUGACCAGCAAGAUCCUUACCAGUAAUAAUGAGGUUGUUGGACUAGUACUGAACUCACACUUUAAGUACACUACAUACCUUUCGCAUGCUAACAGCAUUGCUCGGAAUUGUAGAAUCAAAGUUUACCCCCUCAAGAAGCCUCAGAGUGGCCUAAAGCUGAGUGGCACUCCAGCAGCCAUUCUUGUUGCUGAACAACCACUGAUAACGCAAGUGAUUCGACCAAUCGAAUUGAGUGUCGGGCAAGAGCAGCUGACAGUCAAACCCAUGUUUCGAUCGGUGUUAUCAACCUCCAACUUUUUGCAGUUUACAUAUAAACUUCAAGAGGAGCUGUGUGUGGUGUGUACGUACCCAAGAUCAACUAGGCCCAAUAAAGUAGUUCGCAGUUCCAUGAUUCAGCCAAGCAGCACUGCCAGAUGCCUCAAGCUAGAGAUAUGCAAGGGUAGUGUUGUCAGCGAACAGACCGACGUCAUUGUGAAUGCUGCCAAUGAGGACCUGCAACAUAUCGGUGGACUUGCAAAGGCUAUCCUUGAGGCUGGAGGACAAACCAUUCAGACAGAAAGUGAUGACUACGUGAGAGACCAUAUGAAGCUAAAGGCAGGAGAGGUAGUGGCUUUAGGACCCGGCAAGUUGCCUUGUAAAGUCAUUGUUCAUGCAGUUGGACCUCGUUGGAAAGGGGGGAAAGUGGGAGAGGAAUCACUACUCUAUAUCACUGUGUACAAAAGUUUGGUUCUUGCCAGCUCUGCUCAGUACGAAAGUAUAUCUUUUCCCGCCAUCAGUGCUGACAUCUUUGCUGUGCCUACAAGUUUAUGUGCCAAAGCAUCAUUGAAAGCUGUACAGGAUUUCUGCCAGACCUAUCCCAGCUCAACACUUCACACUGUCAGAUUUGUGCUGUUUGCACAAUCAGAAUUGGAUGAUUUCUGCUCAUAUUUUGACUCUGGUGCUAUUCUUGCAUCAAAUAUCUCCCAGCCAGCUAAUGCGAACCCUGUGAUCUCUGCUCCCAGUGGCGCCUGGUUUUGGACAAAUGAUCUCGGCACGUACACACCUUACACCAGUGAAAUCUCACAACAGCUGUCCACAGUCUACUCUGUAAGCCCACAAGGCAAUUGCAAUUUAACCCUUCACGGUCAGAUGUACUGUGUUGACUUUCCUACAAUGAUCCAGACUAAUGUGCAAACGGGUCACAGAAGAGUUGUGAAAUAUGACGCUAACUCCUCCCCACCCAGCAGCAGAGGUACUGCUCAUUGGUUCUACAGGGACGAUAAGAGCGGUUUUUCCCCUUACAACUCCUCUAACAAUCAGAGCAUUGAGCAAAUGUAUCGAGAUGGUGUACCUGGUGUCCUGAAAAUUGGUCGUACUGUGUACACAUUCGAUUUCAGCAGUAUGUGUCAGAUUAACACGACUACCAAUUACAAGAGGCCGCUACAGCGCAGAGAGGGGCCUGAUCAGCCUAACCCUCCUGCUACUCCUGCACCCAAAAUAUGUGACCCUUCAUCUGGCCAGCAGGAAGUGUGUGUAACCCUGCGUGGACCUAGGGACUCUCUGGAGGCUGCCAAAACCAAACUUAAAAAGAAACUAGACAGCUAUAUGCAGACAGAGGACAUUAACAUUAGGUUUGCCUUAUCUCAUCAAUUUUCCAGCAAGCUUGAGAAUGUUGCUCUCAAGCACCAAGUUGGUUUCAGUGUCACUGAGAGCCAGGUUGGGUCUAAAAAACAGAGUUUGGUAACCCUGGAGGGUAUCAAUAGUGAUGUGCAAGUUGUGGUGAAGACAGUACAUCAACUCAUCAUCGACCAUCAACUGGACCGUGCUGACGCAGAGAUCUCCACUCCACCUGAAUGGCAAGACCAAAAUCUAACCACAGAGGUGUUCCCAGUGUCACCGAGAACUCCCGAAUGGACCAGGGUGGAGCAAAAAUUUAAAGCUACACUGUCUACUAGUCGUAUUGUAUCCAUUUCAAGGAUCCAAAACACCUGGUUGUGGGAAGCCUAUUGUGCCCACAAGAAGAGGUUGCAUCUGAAGAACGAUGGAAAUGUCAAUGAAAAAGAGCUCUUUCAUGGUACCCGCAGCAACGAUCCCAAACUCAUCUACGAAGGAGAGAAUGGGUUCGAUAUGAGGUACAGUAACAGGGGGAUGUGGGGAACAGCCAAUUACUUCGCGGUCAAUGCAAACUAUUCCAACACUUAUUCCUACACAACAUCUGAUGGUUGCAAAGAAAUGUUUCUCGUCAAAGUUCUCACUGGGGAUAGCUACAAUUGUGUUGCAAAUAACAGCCUUCGUAAGCCGCCUCAAAAACCGCGUGGAUCUGUGGGUGGAAAAGUACACUUUACUAAUAUGGAUUACGACUCUGUGACUGGUGACACAAACGGAUCUCAAGUGUUCAUGACAUAUGAUAACGACAAGGCUUAUCCAGCUUAUCUGAUCAAAUACCAGUAACUAAUUGCAGAUUAUAUAUAAUAUGUAGAAUCUGGCAUUUAUUCUGAAUGUGUAUAUAAUUAUACUAUAAAAUUACAAUUGAUUUUGUGAUGUGAAUGUUAUUAUUGCAGGAUUAGCGAGGUUCUGGUUCUACAUAUACUGUAUGUACACGUCAUAUAAUUUAUGUAUAAAGUAUUAUGACUGCUCAUAAUUAUAUGUAAUGACA